AUGCAGCCCAUUUUCUUCUUGAUUAUGCUGUUCUUCAGCUUUACAUUAGCUGUUCCGAUUUUAACGACCUCGCACGACUUAAUCAUAAGAGAAGAUCAGGCUGUGGAUGAGAUCAAAAAGGCAGACACGCUCAAUGAGACGUCGAGUGCGCAGACUGAUCCGCCAAAGAGUUUGGGACAACUCUUUGGUUUCUGA